CUUGAGGAAGCUCGCUGGUGCCUAAGGAAGACAAAUCAUUCCCGACGCGAUGGCCACAACUAUCAUCUCCCAUGAUGGGCUGUACAGGAUAUAAAUACCCAGCCAUGAGCGUUUCAAUGCACCUUGUCCCCAGCUCCUAAAAACCAAGCCCACAAUCACCGGACCAGCAUCUUGUUGCCCGGGGUUUCCAUCUUCGUCACUUAAUCUGCUCAAACUCCUAAGAGAUCCGGGGAAUCCCAAAUUGUCAAAAUAUUCCUCGCAACUAGCCGACCAUGGCUCCAAAAGAAGGGUCCCACAUCGUCCACCAGAAAGUUCACCCCUGUCUCUGGUUUGACACCCAAGCCGUCGAAGCCGCAACAUACUACACCACCCUCUUCUCGCAGAGGCCGAACGCCAAGCCCGGCGAUGCCACAGAUGUCUCCCGCAUCACAUCCAUCGCCGAGCCGCUGGUGACAUUCAUGCUCUCGGGACAGGAGUAUAGCGCGCUCAACGGCGGGCCCCACUACACACACUCUCCGGCCGUGUCGCUGUUCAUCACCUGCGAGGACCAGGCGGAGGUUGAUUAUUUUUGGGAGAACUUCCUUAAAGACGGCGGCAAGGAGAUUCAAUGUGGGUGGAUCGCGGAUAAAUUCGGCGUGUCCUGGCAGGUUGUACCGAAGGCUUUGAUGGAAAUGCUUUCCGACGAGGAUAAGGAAAAGCAGGAACGCGCGAGACAGACGAUGUUGAAUAGCAAGAAGCUUGAAAUUGCUAAGUUGAAGGCUGCGUUCGAAGGGCGGGAAUGAGCGAGGAGUGGUUUAUUAACGUCGCCAACAAAUAUGGAAUACGAAAGAGGUGUACCAUUUGAAUCAGAAUUCAGAUAAUGUCUUCCCUUUGUAUUAACUGGUUAUUUCACAUGCAACUAAAGGAGCCAUCACCGUUAAAAUUCAUCCAUUUGAGAUCCC